AUGUCAGCGACGACGAAGGAACUUCUUAAAAAGGUGCGCAUGAUUGUGCCACCAAUGCUGGACAAAUUUCACAAAGGUCAAUUGGGUAGAGUAGCAGUCAUUGGAGGCAGCGAGAACUACACCGGCGCACCCUAUUUUUCAGCCAUGGCAUCCGCACGAUUAGGCGCUGAUCUCUCCCACGUCAUCUGCACCCCGCCAGCCGCCAACGUGAUAAAAACCUACUCUCCCAAUCUGAUGGUCCACCCCAUAAUGCGUGAAAUCAAUGAAGUGCCCGCCUCCCACGAACCCGCGACUGAACUCGCCUCUCCCAUCAUCAGUAUGCUCGGCAAUCUGCAUGCCGUCGUCAUAGGUCCGGGUCUCGGGCGCGACAAACUCAUGCAAGCGACCGUUGCUGUCGUCAUAAAGGCGGCGAGGGAGAAGAAUGUGCCAUUGGUAUUGGACGCGGAUGCGCUGUGGUUGAUUCAGAGUCAGCCAGAGUUGGUGCAUGGGUACAAGGAGUGCGUGCUCACUCCAAAUGUCGUGGAGUUUGGAAGGUUAGCUAAGGCGGUGGGGUUGGGAGAGGAUGACCUACCGGAUACUGGUGAAGCUGGGUGUAAGAAACUUGCAACGGCUCUCGGAGGGGUGGUUGUCGUGAGGAAGGGAGGGGUCGACUGGAUUAGUGAUGGUGAGAAGGCGAUUGUAGGUGAUGGAGAAGGCGGAAGGAAGAGGAGUGGUGGGCAGGGCGAUACCUUGACAGGAAGUAUCGGAACGCUGUUGGCAUACAGGGAUGCGUAUCACGAGAAGCUGUGGGAUACCGAGGGUGACUUGGAUAGAUCCGAAACAUUGAUGCUGGCAGCUUGGGGAGGUAGUACGAUCACAAGAGAAUGUUCGAGGCUAGCAUACAAGAAGCACGGAAGGAGUCUGCAGGCGAGCGAUCUGACAGAGGAAGUGUCUGUUGCCUUUGAUACCUUGAUUGGGGAGAAAGAGGAGAGUAAGCUGUGA